GUUGGUGCGUCCGCGCCGCAGCGGAGAGGGUUCCCAAAGCCAGGACACACAUGUGUCCCUCCCAGAGUCAUGAAGAGCCUUGUGUGUUACCAGCUUGACCAGGCUGCUGGCAGCCCACUUUCACCUGUGAUCCUAUGCCAGGGAAGAGGAAGGGAAUUUGCUCUUUGAAGAGGAAAGUAGGCCGGGCCUCUUAACUGCUGAAGGUGACAUGGUGACUGGAACUGAGGCCAGCUGCGGACAGCAUUGUGAUUAGCACCAUGCCCUCCCCGGGGACAAGGGAGGGGCGGGACCGCCGAGACCACCACCGGGCUCCUAGUGCCAAAGAAGCCCCUGAGAAGUGGGACUGGAAUUGUCCAGAAACCCGGGGCCUCUUAGAGGACACUUUCUUCGGUGAUGGAGGUUGUAUCCGUCGGGGCUCGGAGGACUGCCAGAAGUUCUGGACCUUCUUUGAGCGUCUGCAGAGGUACCAGAGUCUCAGGCCAUCCAGGAAGGAGGAGACAGAGCCUGGAUCUCCCCCACAUGGCCUCCCAGCCCUGGCCGACCUUCCUCGCACUUACGACCCCCGCUACCGCAUCAACCUGUCCAUCCUUGGCCCCGACCCCCGGGGCUCUCGGGGGCUGGCCACUCGCCUGCCUCCGGAGAGGGUGUCUGAGUUCCGCCGGGCUCUCUUGCAUUACCUGGACUUCGGCCAGAAGCAGGCGUUCGCGCGGCUGGCCAAGCUUCAGCGGGAGCGUGCAGCUCUUCCCAUCGCCCAGUACGGGCGCCGCCUGCUGCAGACGCUGGCAGAGCACCAGGUGGUGGUGGUGGCUGGGGACACAGGCUGUGGCAAGUCCACGCAGGUGCCCCAAUACCUGCUGGCAGCCGGCUUCAGUCAUGUGGCGUGCACUCAGCCCCGGCGAAUCGCCUGCAUCUCCUUGGCCAAGCGUGUGGCCUUCGAGAGCCUCAGUCAGUAUGGCUCACAGGUCGGCUACCAGAUCCGCUUCGAAAGCACACGGUCGUCCGCCACCAAGAUUGUGUUCCUGACGGUGGGGCUGCUCCUCCGGCAGAUCCAGCGGGAGCCCAGCUUGCCUCAGUACCAGGUCCUCAUCGUGGAUGAAGUCCAUGAGCGCCACCUCCACAGUGACUUCCUGUUGGGGGUCCUCCACCACCUGCUGCCCAGGCGGCCUGAUCUCAAGGUCAUCCUCAUGUCAGCCACCAUCAACAUCGAGCUCUUCUCCAGCUACUUUGGCCACGCCCCCGUGGUGCAGGUGCCGGGCCGGCUCUUCCCCAUCACGGUUGUGUACCAGCCACAGGAGGCAGAACCCGCGACGUCCAAGUCAGAGAAGCUGGACCCUCGGCCUUUCCUGAGGGUGCUGGAGACCAUCGACAACAAGUACCCCCCUGAAGAACGAGGGGACCUGCUGGUCUUCCUUAGCGGCAUGGCGGAGAUCAGCUCGGUGCUGGAGGCCGCUCAGACCUAUGCCAGCCACACCCAGCGCUGGAUAGUGCUGCCGCUGCACAGUGCCCUGUCAGUGGCCGACCAGGACAAGGUGUUCGACGUGGCGCCCCCUGGUGUCCGGAAAUGCAUUCUCUCAACCAACAUUGCCGAGACCUCGGUCACCAUCGACGGGAUCCGCUUCGUAGUGGAUUCUGGGAAGGUGAAAGAGAUGAGCUACGACCCACAGGCCAAGCUGCAGCGGCUGCAGGAGUUCUGGAUCAGCCAGGCCAGCGCCGAGCAGCGCAAGGGCCGCGCAGGCCGCACAGGCCCCGGCGUCUGCUACCGCCUCUAUGCUGAGUCCGACUACGACGCCUUCACCCCCUACCCUGUGCCCGAGAUCCGAAGGGUAGCUCUGGACACGCUGGUGCUGCAGAUGAAGAGCAUGAGUGUGGGGGACCCCCGAACCUUCCCUUUCAUCGAGCCCCCUCCACCAGCCAGCCUGGAAACCGCCAUCCUCUACCUCCGAGACCAGGGGGCCCUGGACAGCUCAGAGGCCCUCACCCCCAUCGGGUGCCUGCUGGCCCAGCUGCCUGUGGACGUGGUGAUCGGGAAGAUGCUGAUCCUGGGAGCCAUGUUCAGCCUGGCGGAGCCGGUGCUCACCGUAGCCGCGGCUCUCAGUGUCCAGUCGCCCUUCACCCGCAGCGCCCAGGGCAGCCUGGAGUGCGCAGCCGCCCGGAGGCCCCUGGAGAGCGACCAGGGCGACCCCUUCACGCUCUUCAACGUCUUCAAUGCCUGGGUGCAGGUGAAGUCUGAGCGCGGCGGGAACUCGCGCCGCUGGUGCCGCCGGCGCGGUGUGGAGGAGCAGCGCCUGUAUGAGAUGGCCAACCUGCGGCGCCAGUUCAAGGAGCUGCUGGAGGACCACGGGCUGCUGGCCGGGGCCCGCGCCCCCCAGGGAGGCAGCAGCCGGCUGCAGGAGCGGCGGGAGCGGCGGGCGCUGCAGCAGCUGAAGCGGCAGCACGAGGAGGGCGCGGGCCGCGGGCGGAAGGUGCUGCGGCUGCGCGAGGACCGGGCCGCGGGCUCCAGCGACGAGGACGACCCUGCGGGCCCCGGGGCCCCCGACGGCGGCGGCGGCGUGGACAUCCAGGACGUGAAAUUCAAGCUCCGCCACAACCUGGCGCAGCUGCAGGUGGCAGCCAGCGCGGCCCAGGACCUGAGCGGCGAGCGCCUGGCACUGCUCAAGCUGCUGCUGACCCGGGGCCUCUACCCGCAGCUGGCUGUGCCCGACGCCUUCAACAGCGGCCGCAAGGACUCUGACCAGAUUUUCCACACCCAGGCCAAGCAGGGCGCCGUGCUGCACCCCACCUGCGUCUUCGCCAGCAGCCCCGAGGUGCUGCACGCCCAGGAGCUACAAGCCCCAGACCAGGGGAGCCGAGAUGUCCGGGACAAGAUGAGCCGCUCACAUCAGCUCCUCACCUUCGUCUCCCUGCUGGAGACCAACAAGCCCUACCUGGUCAACUGCGUCCGUGUCCCUGCCCUCCAGUCCCUCCUGCUGCUCAGCCGCUCUCUGGACACCAGUGGUGACUGCUCCCGCCUGGUGGCCGACGGCUGGCUGGAGCUGCGGCUGGCGGACAGUGAGAGUGCCGUCCGACUCCUGGCAACCUCCCUGAAGCUCCGAGCACGCUGGGAAAGCGCCCUGGACCAGCAGCUGGCACGCCAGGCCCUGCGGCGGCGGCAGUGGCAAAGGCCUGAAGAAGAGGAAGAGGAAGAGGAGAGGCUGCCGAUCCACAGCAAGGAGGUGGCCGCCCUGGGCAGGGAGCUGCUGCAGUUCAUGGCCUCCAAGGUUCCCUACAGCCUGCGGCGGCUCACAGGCCUUGAGACCCAGAACCUCUAUGUGGGACCCCAGACGGUCACAACUGCCCCUAGUCUCCCUGGUCUCUUUGGAGACUCCACCCUGUCCCCCCACCCCACCAAAGGGGGCUACGUGGUCACUGACUUCCUCACCUACAACUGCCUUGUGAGCGACACAGACCUGUACAGUGACUGUCUGCGCACCUUCUGGACCUGCCCGCACUGCGGCCUGCACCUGCCGCUCACGCCCUUGGAGCGCAUGGCCCACGAGAACACCUGUGCCCAGGCCCCUCAGGAGGAUGGCGCAGAGGCAGAAGAAGCCCCUGCACCCAUCCAGAAGGCAUCAGCCCUGCAGAGGCCCUACCACUGCGACACCUGCGGCCAGGACUUCCUGUUCUCCCCCACUGAGGCCCUGCGGCACCGACGGCAGCACCUGUGAGCCCCACAGCCCACAGCCACCACUGGUGUGGGUGUGCCUAUGCAAAUAUACACAGAUGCACCUGUGAUCCUCAGGGGCCCACCCACAGUGUGGGUGUGGCCAGCCAAAUAUACAUCAGCAGCACCUGUGAGCCCUGCUGCCCUGCCCUUGGAGUAGGUGUGAUUAUGCAAAUUAAUCCAUCUGACUACCUUGGGAGCCUGUUCCACCAGCUGGGCAGUGCAGCAGCCCUGCUUCUCCCUCUCCCCUCCCGCUUUUCCCUUCCCUUCUCUCCCACUGUGAGGCCUGCAUUUGCCCAUCCACAUGGGUUGCUUUGGAAUAAUUUCAUCUU